AAAAAUAAUAAAAUAAAAUAAUAAUAAUACAAUACAAUACAAAUACAAUACAAAAAGCAAAAAUACAUUUCACUAGUGUUGCACCUACGUUUUAUACCUAUAUAUAUAUAUAUAUAUAUAUGUAUAUUAUAGAUGGUGCGUCCUAAAUGAGAACCCGCUCUGCGAAUGGCGGUGGUUGAGAGCCGUCGCGCGGCAGCGAGUAAACAAGGGUGCGCGUGUGCUCUCGUAUAAUACGAUUCGUAUUACGUUAUAGACCAACUAUACCACCACCAAAAAAAAAAAAAAAAACGUACACCACUAGGAUUUGUCGUAUACGCACACACACACCCAAACAUAUACACGCACAGACGCACGCGAUCGGCGUUGACGAUGAAUAUACACACGACAUCGACGGCUGCAGCGGCUGUCGCGGUGGCGGCGGGCGAUCGUCGUCGGUGUGAGCAACACAGUCGCGGGGCGGAACGGAAUACAAAAAAAAAAUACGCGAGCGCGCGCGCGCGCUCACACACGUACACGCGCACGACCGGCGUUUCAAUACGCGUCCGAUGUACGACGGUGACGGUGCGUUCGACGUCGUCGUUUUAUGCCGCAGCGUUUCGUACACGAGAGUUCGAUUGUUAUAGUAAUAAUAUUGUAGUGUCGUUAUUAUUAUUCAAAUCGAUUUCGAUUAAAAUAAUAUACUCGAUAUAUUAUAUUUUAUUGAUAACACGGGUACUUCCGCGCGGGGUGUCCGGUAUAUAUAGUAGUGUGCGCGACAGUUAUUCGUUUUCCGCGGCCUUCGCCUGCAACCGGUUGUCCGGGAUAUGAUAUUGCUGCUAUUAUUGUUGUACGAUUGCAGUGAUAUCGCGUUCGUCGAGUGCACUGCAGCAAGAGCGCGGCGCUUCCUGGGGCGCAGGACAGGUAAGAAGACGUCGAUUUUUCACUUUGGUUUUUUAUAAUAUAACCUAUAUAUUGAGGUCUACUCGGGGCGGAUUUCGCGUGCCCGACCAAGUGAUCGCGACGACCGUCACCAGCACCAGCGAAAUCAGAACAUCCAACGCCAGCAGCAGCAGCAGCGACAGAACCGUCAACCGUACAGGUACCGGAAAAACCGCGACCGCGGUUGGAGCAGCGACACAGUCGGCGAAUCGGUCGCUAUCCACCGGACGACCCGUCCACCGUUGACCGUAGUGGGACGUUCGCGCAGUUGUCACCAACGGGACGACCAUCGUUAUCGUUACUGUCGGCACCAGCAACAGCACCGCUAUCAGACUGACGGCGACGAUGACGGCGUGCCGAGACGUUGCACUCGUCGGUGGCCACUAGGAGCCGCGCCACACGGCAGUCCAGCGCAACUACACCGCACCGGUGUGUAAUCACGGUACAUCGUACACCGCACAUUUUCGCGACCGCGGUCCAGUGUCAGCGGCCGGCAAAGUGGAGGGCAAUUGCGGCGACCUGUUGAACAUGAGCUCGUACUUUGCCAACUCGUACAUGCCGUCCGACAUGCGGAACGGCGGAGGCGGCGGCAGCGGGGGCGGUCUCGUCGGAGGCGGCAGCGGCGGAGGCAGCGUGCUCGGCGGCGUCGGCGGAAUCGGCGGCGGCGGCGGCGGCGGAGGCGGCGUGGUCAUGGACCACCACCACCACGGCCAGCAGCACUACGUGGACAACGCGCCGUGCGACCCGACCGCCCGGCAGGGCAUACCGCCGCACCACUACGUCGGGCCCACGGUCGGCGGACAGCCGCCCCAGGGCAUGCCGUACCCGCGGUUCCCGCCCUACGACCGGAUGGAGAUCCGGCAGGCGGCCGCGGUGGCCGGCUACUACAGCAACCACCAUCAGUCGUCCAUGGACGGCUACAGCAGGCCCGAGUCGCCCAUCGGCGGCGGCCUGGUCGGCGGCGGCGGCGGCGGCGGGGGCGGUGGCGGCGGCAUGGGCCAGAUGACCAUGAACGGCCACACGCCCGUCGUGUACGCCACUUGCAAGCUCCAGGCGUCGGUGGCCAACGGUCUGGUCGAGCCGGGCAGCCCCACCGACAUGGUCGACAUGACCAACCACCACCAGCAGCAGAUGACGGCCGCCGGUCACCACCAUCACCAGCAGCAGCAGCAGCAGCAACAGCACCACCAUUCGGCACCGCCGCCACAGUCGCACCACCAACAGCAGCAGCAACAGCAGGCGUACUUCAGCAACCUGAGUCCGCACCACCACCAGCAGCAACAGCAGCAGUCCGUCGUCCCGCCGGCGCCCGGACACCACAAUCAGGUGGUGGUCAACCCGCACCAGCAGACGCCCCCGUUGCAGACGCCCACCGCUCAGAAUCAACAGGCGGUCAACAACAACUCGUUGCCGAGUCCACUGUACCCGUGGAUGCGUAGCCAAUUCGGUCCAGACUCAGAGCGGAAACGCGGCCGGCAGACGUACACCAGGUACCAGACGCUGGAGCUGGAGAAGGAGUUCCACUUCAAUCGGUAUCUGACCCGAAGACGGCGGAUUGAAAUAGCGCACGCGCUGUGCCUGACCGAACGGCAGAUAAAGAUAUGGUUCCAGAACCGGCGGAUGAAGUGGAAAAAAGAGAACAAGACCAAAGGCGGCGACGGCCAGGGAGGCGACGGUAGUGAUAUCACGCCGCAGACAUCGCCGCAGUGAUAACGCACCGUCUUCUCGUCAUUAUUAUUAUUAAUACUAUUAUUAUUAUUAUUAUUAUUAUUCUUAUUAUUGUUACUGUUGUACUUGUACGCGCGUGUGUGUAAAGGUGAAAAGGCCCACAGUUUUCCGAGUGCCGUACGUGCGCGUACGUGUGUCGCUGAGUGUUGGGCGCGCGCACUUCUGUUUGUGAGUGUGUGUUAGCGUUUGAGUGUGAGCGAGUACGCGCGCGCCCUGUCCAUCACCGGUCGUCCGGAAGUGAUGCGACGUGUGCAGGACGAUGAUGGACUUUGGCAUUUAUCGUAUAAUACAUACUUUAUAAAAAUAAAUUCCAAAAAAUGAUAAUAAUAAUAAUCAUGUACUAAAUCGCUCUGCAGUAUAGCUUAAUAUAAUAUAUUAUUAUAAUAUAUUGGUCACCACCAUAUAUUAUAACAAUAUUGUUAAUGCGAUUACACAGCGGGGUUUAAAUGGCAAACAAUAAUAUUUUUUUAAACAAUAAUCUUUUUAUUGCAUAUUGAAAAAAUAAAACAAAAUAACACACAAAAAAAAAUGUUGACAUUUCGUUCUGGGUAUAUAAUAAUAUAUAUACACGCGUAAAAACGUAUCUCAAAUCAUUUUUUUUUUUCAUUUUUCGAUAACAGGAAAACGUCCUUUAUCAAUUUUUAUCAUACGACGGCAAUACUAUAAAAUAUAAUUACGUGUAAAAUUUUCCCUCGCUUAGGAAACUUAUUCUAAGAUUGUGUCUAAGUCAUUAUGUCGUAGGUUUUUUUUUUUUAGUCCUCGUUUAAGUUUUAUUUAGUUCUAAGCAAACAAAUAAUAACGAUAGCAAUGAUAUACGUAAUAAUUUUUUUUCUCAAGUAUCCAAAGAAAACGACAUAAAGCUCGUUGGUUUACCACGAAGCAGUUUUCGCUAUUCACGCGGGUACACAUAUGAACACACACAAAUAUAAAUAUAUACGAUAUGUAUAUAUAAUUAAAAUAAAAGUACGCUAUAAGUAACAUAUAUUAUAUUGUAAUCAUUUUUUAAGAUAAUAUUUUGUUAUGUGCGUAUCGUCGCGGUCGAUGAUAACGCGCUCGGGAUCUCAAAACCAGCUCAAAUAACACGUUCUCGAUAAUAAUAAUAAUGUGUAUCUAACAUACUUGCCUUAUCUUAACAUACGUGUUGUACACGAUACAUAAUAUUAUAUACCUAUAAAGAUAUUGUGUAUCAUAUUAAGUUGUAUAUUAUAAUGUGUGUGUUAGUGUUUGUUUGUGUAUGUGUGUGCAUAUGUGCCUGUGUGUUUGUGAUUAUGUCUAUAUAUCUAUACUUGUAUAUAUAUAUAUAUCGGUUUAAAAUUCCAGGACCAGUUGUUGUUUGUUUGUUUUUAUUUUUUAUUCAACUUAUAGUGCCAUUAGGAAUUAGACUGGCACCGCGAUUCGCGUCCGAUACGGUGACGGAGAUGCGAUUUUAUAUUUUCGCAAUCACAGCAUCCGUCAUAAUAACAUAGUCUUGCGUGUGAACUCCUAAUCAUUAUUACUGUCGUUAGUGAAUUCAGUCGUUGUAACUUAUAACCACUGUACGUAUAUAAUAUUAUACAUUAUUAUAAUAUAGGUACUUGUUGUUUCGACCGCGACCUUCGAUCACACGAAUACCGCACAAUCGCUGCCACCGCCACAGUUAAUAUUUAAAUAACAAAAAAAACCUACGUACAAUAUCGUAUAGGUACAAUAUUAUAAUUUCAGUUUUUUCGUAUGUAUUGAAUGACGUGGAAUGGGGCCCGGGGAAUCGUGCUCGCGAUCGGACGUGGAAUUGCGGUGAAAAUAACAAUGAUAAUAUAAUAUUAUAUAUUAAUUAUACUAUUGUAACAAUUUAAAUGCUAACGUACCAAAGGUGGUAUUUGCGUAUACUUUUGUUUUUGUUUUUUUAUUUAAUUUAUUUAUUUACGUUUUAAUUUUUUUUUUUUAUGUAAGAGAGAAAAUAUCAUAAGAGGAAAAAUAACGCGUGACUCAAGUACAUGCAUGUAUAUUAAGUAAUUAUAAACGAUUAUUAUAAAUAAAUUCUUUAAAUGUGUAAAUAUUAUAUAUAUAUAUUAAAAUAUGUUUAGACUUUAUAUAUUGUAAUAAGGUAAAAGCAAAAAAAAAAAAAAAUGUUUAUAUAUUUAAUUAGAGAUCGGUCCAUGCCACUACUUGUUUACUUGUUUUCUCACACAAACUAUAUAUAUAUUUUUUUUCGAACACACAAUAAUACUAUAAUUACCAUCUUUGUGGUUAAGAAAAUCCGCAAACUCAUUUUCGAAAAAAAAAUAAAAAAAAUGUAUUGUGCAAUUUCAUCGGCUCCGCUAAUCAACUGUUUUCCGUAUACAUAGUUCAGCAGAACAUUAAUUAUAAUUGUUAUUAUUAUAAUGCAUGUGUUAUGCUCGUGCAUAAGCGGAAAUUAUUGAUUAUCAGCCCGUUUCAUUAAUUAUAAUUAUUUUUUUUCUCUUGUACAUACAUCAUAGAUAUUCCUUCUAUAUGAAUAUAUUAUAUAAAAUAUAUAUAUAAAAAAAAAAAAAAACAUUUAUAGAAAUAAUGUUUUUCGAAAUUGAAAAUCGUUAUGAUUUAUUUGACACUAUUUCUUCAUAAUAUUGUACAGUUCAGAGAGAUUUUAUUUAUAUAUAUAUAUAUAAACAAUAAUAUUAAUAUUAUAUACAAUUUUAUUAUAUUAUAUAGAAAAAGCGUGCGUGUGCUGGUAGAUUCUUCAUUUUAUUAACCAUUUUGUUUUUUCGUUUUUAAUUUUAUUAUUAUUAUUAUUUUUGUAAAAAGAAUUUUUGUAUAAAAAAUUAUUUAUUCUGCAAAGCCUGGCAAGGAUUACCUCUAAUUUAUUUUUACAUGCUAGGUAAAACAGUGUAAAAAUGAAAAACGACAUAUAUACGUAAUUAAUAAGUCUUGUUUAUUUUUUUGAGUCGUGAUAAAUAACAUUAAUGUUGAGUACUUAUAUUGUAAUACCAAAAAGAAAAAAUAACAAAAUUUGAAAAAUCAA